UUGUCACUGUCUCAUUACUCAUUGAUAUAGAUUCCUGUAAAAUAGUAAAGGAUCUCAUUGCAGGAUCUACAUAUUUUUCAUGUUUCCAACAUCUUAUCCUCUGCAAAAAAAAGUGUACAGUAUUAUUAUUUCUUUCUAGUUGCCUUGUUACCUACUCUCUUGACUAUAUUUUUAACUUAACACCCCAAAAAUAUCUUCUACUAUGAGUCGUGUAUAAAUUGAGACGUAAGAACUUGAGUUUUUGGACACCAUUCUCUUCAUCCCCAAAAAUUGCAGCUUUCACUCUUGAUUGUAGAAGAUAAAAAAUGGCGUCUUCUUUUCUGGGUUUAUCAAUUUUUCUUCUUCUACUACUAGCACCUUCGAUUUUUGUGGCAGAAUCAGUACCUGAGCUAAAGUUGAACUCCAACCUUCUUCAGGACUCAAUGAUAAAUUCAAUAAAUGGAAAUCCAAAAGCUGGAUGGAAGGCUGGCAUGAACCAGCAAUUAUCUGAUUAUACAGUUGGCCAAUUCAAGCGCAUCUUAGGAGCUAGAAAAACUCCACCGGGUGAGAAGAGGAAUAUCCCUGUCGUACACCAUGAUAGGUCCUUAAAGUUGCCAAAGGAGUUUGAUGCCAGAAAGGCUUGGCCUCAGUGUCGUACGAUUGGUAGAAUCUAUGACCAGGGUCACUGUGGUUCUUGUUGGGCAUAUGCUGCUGUUGAAGCCCUUCAAGAUCGUUUCUGCAUACAUUAUGGCAUGAACAUCUCGUUAUCAGUUAACGAUCUCUUGGCAUGCUGUGGAUUCAUGUGUGGCUCCGGAUGUAAUGGUGGAACGCCUAUUUUUGCCUGGCGCUAUUUUGUUCACCAUGGUGUUGUUACUGAAGAGUGUGAUCCGUACUUUGACACUACUGGCUGCUCCCACCCAGGAUGUGAGCCUGGUUACCCUACUCCAAAGUGUGUGAGGAAAUGUGUGGCUGGCAACCAACUAUGGAAACAAUCAAAGCAUUAUGGUGCAAAUGCCUACAGGAUUAAACAAGACCCACAACAGAUCAUGGCUGAACUCUACAAGAAUGGACCUGUUGAGGUGGCUUUCGAUGUUUACGAGGAUUUUGCUCAUUACAAGUCAGGGGUUUACAAACAUGUAACUGGGGAAUACCUUGGAGGACAUGCUGUUAAGCUGAUUGGAUGGGGAACUACAGCAGAUGGAGAAGAUUAUUGGCUUGUAGCAAAUCAGUGGAACAAAAGUUGGGGUGAUGACGGAUACUUCAUGAUCAGUCGAGGAACAAAUGAAUGUUGCGUUGAAGAAGACGUCGUGGGUGGCAUGCCUUCACCCAAAAACUUGUUUGAGGUGGUGACCGGUUCUGAUGACGCUGGUGCUGCUUCCCUGUAAUGAUAUUAUGACUGUUGCUCAUUGAUUGGUAUCUAUUUACACAACAUUGCAUCUGCUGUUGGAAAUGCACAACAUUCGAUGGCUUAUGCUCAUUUACAGCUAUUCAUAAUGUAAUUUGUGAUUCAGACAUUUGAUAGAUUACAUCAAUGAUGAUCCUGAUUCAGCAGGGACAUGAUUCUUCACAAUCAGUCUCUGCUAGCUUAUUGAAUGUAAAAAGGCUGUUGAAAUAAUAUGCUCUGUAUGAUUAACCAAAAUGUGAAAUUAGCAUGUCUCCUUAUUUUGUUGUCUAA